AUGCUUCGCAAAUUGUACAGAAGCUUUUUCCCGUUGUCUGUCAAACUGUUGCCGGGCAUUCAGCUCGAGGCACAGCUCAAUCGACCCUGGCUCAGUGUGGCAAAGUCGACGCUUCCAAAUGCGGGAAUGGGCGUUUUUGCAAAGAGGUCGUUUCUUGCUGCUGCGAUCCUGUGCAAGUUUGAGGGUUCGCUGCUGGCUGGUCUGAAGUCUGGGCAUUGCAGAUCGAAGGCACAGGGCCAAAGUGGAGGUGCUGGGCUACAAUCUGAUGAUAACAGGUACGUACUCAGCCUUUGCAGCGGAGGAUGGUUGCUUGAUGGAGCCCCUGUCGCUCGCGCCAUUCGAGAAGGUGCCAAGGAAGUGGAGAUUGCAGUUCUGACUCCAGGAGGGGAACACAUCCACCAGAGGAGAAAUCUGCAGGAUUUAGGAGUUGGAUGCAUGAUCAACCACGGUUCCAGAGAGAACGCCAAUGCAAAGUUUGUCUUGAUAAAGACGCAUCGAAGUGGCAUGCUGCCUGCAGUGGCUUUCUUGCAGGCAACAAAGGACAUAGCUGCUGGUGAAGAGCUGUUCACGCGCUAUGGCAAUGCAGAGUCAACCUCUCAAUGCAGUGCUGUAGCAGCCUCUGGUGAUGACAAUAGUUUGCACAGCAACGUAGCUGUAAGGACGCAAUACCGCCCACAGCAAUGGAAAAUAGCGCGGCUGCUACAGGACUUUGAUUUGAAGGACAAGAAGGAUACGACCAAGAACAUUGUCUACUACACGACAUCAUUCGAACCAGAGCAUGAGAAGGUCAUCGUCAAGCCAUGGCCCAAAUGCCAAGAUCUUGAUGUGUGGCGAUCAAACGUCGUGCAAGCUGUAUGCGUUGCAUCGGGAGAUCCUGCUGAGUUGGUUAUGAAGGUGUUGGGUCUCAUGGGCAACAGCACAGCGUCAAGGACGAUAUUCCUUGAUGGUGAGAGUGGUGAUGAAAUGUCCGAAUCGGAUGAUGGAGUUGGUACGUACGUCGACGGGCCAACGAAGUCUCCGAGGAAGGCAAAGAAGAAGAAGAAGCGAUCUAGACGGAAGACAGAGUUCAACCGCAUGAUGGAAGAGAUGGACGUCAAACUCGACAAAGAGAAGAGCGAUGAAGCUGAAAUCGUUGGUGAACCUCCUGUACCUCCUCCUGACGGUGAACCUCCUUAUGAUGGACCUGAACAUCACUCUAUGGGCAAACCUGGUGACGGCAUCAUCUACCUCAGCGACAUUGGCGAGCAUGUCAAGCUCGACAAACGAGGACGACCUUAUCGAGUUGGUCCGGAUGGUCGCAAAGAAGUACGAGGGUCACCAAGGCCAAAGAGUAGUUACAGUCCUGAAGAAUGGAAGUCACUGUCCGCCAAGGAGAGGGAUGUCAUCAUUCGUCGUGGACAGCUAGAAGCCGAGGCUGAGAAACUCAAGGAGAUCAAGUUGAAGAAAGAGGAGGGGAAGAAAGCCAAAGCUGAGGCUGCCGAGAAGAAGAAGAAGUCCGAAGCAAGUUCACACAAAGAUCCACCAAAAGAUGGAGGACGAAAGAAGAAGAAAAAGAGUAAUAAAGAUCUGAAGGAGAGUUCAGGCAAAGAUGGCGGCAAAGACGCUGCUGUUGGCGUGGGAACGCUCCGAGGGCUCGUGAAGGAACGCAACGACUUUGAAGACCAACUGCCGUGGGAAAGACUUCCAAGACCAUUCGCGCCAACGGCCAAAAUUCAGCAAUCCGGUCGGCAACAAAACUUCCACGUCACGCCCAGGGCUCGUGAAGGGCUCGUGAAGGAACGCAACGACUUUGAAGACCAACUGCCGUGGGAAAGACUUCCAAAAUUCGCGCCAACGGCCAAAAAGUCAGCAAUCCGGUCGGCAACAAAACUUCCACGUCUUGAACGCCCAGAGCUCGUGAAGGAACUGAGCAUGGUCAAAAGGGCGGACCAAAAAUAUGCCGGAGGUGCUGUGAUCGGAAUCGUGCUGUUGAUAGCAUCCCUACGCACUUUCUCAGUUGCUGGAGUUCUCUUUUAG